UGAAACUGACGUCAUCUCUAAUCGUGGUACACGCAUUUAGCAGUUAGCUCGUUAGCAGUUAAAAAUAAUGAUAUGAUAGAUACAGUACACUGAUUGCUGCACAGAUUGUCUAUCCUGAGAACAGAAAUCCUCUCCGGGUUUUCCCGCCGCCUCACGCCGACGUCCAUUAAAUAUCCUGAAGUUGACUGGAGAGUGUAGGUCGAGCCUGGCAGAGGGCUGCCGUCAAUGGAUUGACAUAAGAAGGAUUUGCCUUUUAUCAGGUGCUUUAGUCUCUGUGGCAGCAUGUCAGUGUCACAGUUCACAGUUAUAUUGUGAAGACGUUAUUCACUCGUGCCUAGGGAAGAUUCAUCGAGGAGAAAUGCUGAAGGAUCGGUCGUGUCGUACAGGCGGGGAAUAUUAUUAGCCCUUCAGACAGUGCAUCUGUCUCUCCGGUAGCCAUACAUCCAUAUGCCAACAGUGGAAAAAUGUCAGUGUGAUCUUACUUGAAACAGGGAACAUUACCUGAAAGAUCUGAAAAGUACUGUUGCCCAGAGUCAUCUUCAUACUGUUUUCCAUGCCGGCUAUCCUGAACUCCUCCUCCCUCACCCUCACUUACUUCAGCUAUGCCUCAUAUUCCCAAAGCACCCAAGAAGUCAUCUCGUGCAUCCAAAAAGCGAAAUGUUAGGAGGGUGAAAGCUUCCACGACUAGGAGGCAAACGGUCAACUCUCUCAAAGCCAGUGGUGACAUCAAGAAGGCCAUAGACAAGAAACAAGCAGUCAGGGGGGCCCAGCGGACUGUUGUCAGCAAGCCCAGCAAGAAGACAGUCAAGAAUGUUCAUGUUGUUAAAGGAUCCAGGCACACGCGUGGUUCUUUGAAACAAAAUGGCUUGUUGUCAAAACGUAAUGGGAAAGGGAAGUCACCUAGGAAUAGUGUCUCGUGUCCGAGCGUCCUGCAGGAAGUUGAGUCCUACAGGAAGGUGGUUACAAGAAGAAAGGGAGAUCAGGAGAACAGGGAACAGGAUAUCGAUACUAAAAGGUCAGAAGUUCAUGAUCCUACUGGUGAUGGACAACAAAAGGGUGCUGUAAUUCCCACUGGAGAGGGACAGAGCAUUAACAGCUCAGAGGAAACUGCGGAGGAGCACAGAGAGACUGUUGUUCACGACACUGACGAGGCAGAGGAGGAGAAGGUAAAAGCAAACACAGAAACUGUACAAAACGAAAUCUGUCCUGCUACUAACGAGCAGCCAAACACAGCGCUUGUUGAGCAGCAUGACCCUCUGAGGCACGACCCCGUCAAUAACGUGGACUUUGCCUACAACAAUAAUACCUCAGGCCCAACGACUCCCUCCCCUUCACAGUCAGAUAAGUAUGCUUUAGGUCAGGUUGAGGAGGUUCAACACAUGGACUUUCCCGACAGUUCUUUUCAAACCACUCCAGAAAACUCUACGGAAGCAGGUGAGACUGUAGCCUCCCAAGUGUGUCAGUCCUCCGAUGAAUCACCAGCACUUGAAAACUUUGCAAAUUCUCCCCAGGAGGAGAAAAGUGAGUUUCAAAGCACUGCAGACGUGGAGACCAAAGAUGAAAUUGACGAUGCUGAAAUGUCGAUGAAGAAAGAGGGAGCGCUUUCUCUCCUCUCGCUGAGCACAACCAUUUACAACAGCACUCUUUGUGAAAUGGGCAAUGGGCCUCAGGCGAUGGCACUGCUCUCCAGUAGCACAGAAAGCACCCAGUCCUCGUUUGACAGCGAGUCAGAGUCCUUUCUGGAGCACAGGGUGUCAGGAAACCCUUCUCUCCAAGUUGAGGAUAUUCAGCUGCGUUUACGUCGAGUUCAAGAGAGGAGGGAGAGGAAGAAGAGAAGUCGCUGCUGCGUUUGUGUGCCUUGUAUGCGCAAGAUGAACUGUGGGGAAUGCAGGAGUUGCCUGAACCGAAAAACAGGGCAUCAGAUCUGUAAGCUCAGGAAGUGUAUUGAGCUGAGGAAAAAGUCCCUCAUGGUCUGUACGAGAGAGGUUGAGUCAGAGGCAAACUCAGUAAAUGGCACAAGCUCAGAGCAGAUGGAGGAGACCUGUACGGCACCAGAGGAAGAGGCACAUUACAUAUCCUUAACACACAAUGUUCCACCUGAUGUUCACACGCCUCUCCAGCAUGGCUUGUUACCAGCACCUCCUGGAAAGGAUCCCAGGACCACUGAUGUACUUCUCCCUUACACCAUCUCUCUAACCUCUCAUAAUGGUGCUGAACACAUGAAACCAAACACUGAGAGACAUGUGGAUCCCACCGAGCCACAUGCCACAUUCCAUAGAUCUACAUUUAAUAAAAGUCACGAACCUGAGGCAGUUCAAGAACAGACCAUUCCUCUGAAGAAGAUCAAACUGGAGGAGCAAUGGGUUGAGAUUGAUGACCAGCCCUCAAAGCACUUAGAAUCUAGCGAGUGCUAUGAGGAUGCUUUAUCUACACUAGCAGCUGUGGUCUGCUUCUCCAGUACAGAAAGGAAAAGUCUAGAGGAGAGGCUUUUUGGGCCUCAGGCCUCAGAUAUGUGUUUAAAAACUGAGCCGAAAGAAGAACCAUAUCAGUGUCAGUUAAAUCAAGGAGAAAGUCCAGAAGAACCUCCUCAGAAUGAUAACAUUGCACUAUCUUUACCCAGUGUUCAGUCUCUGGUCCAGCAUAGGAAUAUUAGCGUUGAUCAGGCUAUAGCUAUUGAGGCCUUGACCCAACUGGCAGCUACCCCACAAACAGUGCCCUGUGAAACUGAAAACCACAGUCAGGACGCUCAGCGAGAAACGUCUACAUACUCUGCUUCAAGCAACCACAUACCUCUUCAAGAGGCUAAACCAGUUUCAGAUGUUUUCUCUAACAAGGUCUCGGUAAUCAGUUCAUCAUUGCACCAGACUUCUGUCAUCCGCAGCCCUCCAAACUGGCCAGCCAACUUCACCCAAAGUCAAAGUGAGCGCUGUGCCUCUACUCCAAGAAAACUUUCCUUGAAGGAUCUUCUGGUGGCCAGCUCAGAAUGUGAAAAGCUAUCAUAUACCACGGAAAACCGAAGAAACGGCCAAGCACUUUGUAAAGCUGACAGGUUAGAAGGCACUUUUAAGAAGUAUAAGCAUGGAGAAGCGACUCCCAUCUCGAGAAAGAGGGACGAGGAGGAAGUUGCGGCUCAAUUGGUGCAGCUUGCUUUCAUGAUUGAAUCGAGGCAGAUGCAAGUCUCGGAAAACAGUCCCCCAAAAGGUAUGCCUACUCAGACAAUGAAAUACAAUCAUAAUUAUUUGGGGCAGCACUUGAAAAAGCAAAGGAAACCUAAAAUGACACCAUCAAAACCUAGGAUGUCUAAGAAGAAAGCUGCCGAGAUUGAUGGCAAUCAUUGUAGGAUUCCGUUGGCCAAGAGGACGCCCAACAGGAAAACCCCACUCAAGGCCACGAUUCAGAAAGCCAUUUUACAACAAAAGAUGAGGUUCCAGCACAAGAGGAGUCCGUUUCUUCCACAAGCUCAGAUAGACCUGAAAAAAUACAUUGCCGAGGCUCAUCACGAGAACAGGCAACUCUUAUACUACAACAACUCUCUGAAAAAAGAGCACUUGGACAUUGUAGGUUCUGGUAAGCAGAACGGCUAUCACUUUAAAUAUGAACAUGGAGCUCAAAGUCAUUCUUUACCGCCACCAAACGGACUCUUUCACAAUCAUACAAAUGACCAUCUUGGUGCUAGCCAGUGGCCGAAGCAUGAAUGUGAACAACAAAUGAUUUCUCAGGUAUCGAAAAACUACGAUGUGCUAAAUCAUGGUGCUAAACAACAACCUCAGCAAACCAUGGCCAGUGAACCCUGUAAAGACUUGCCGCAAAGCCCAGGGAUGUACCAUAAAGCAAACGGCUUAAAUGAUCAUCAGCACUUGCACACGAAUCAAAAUGGGCUUUACAAAGUGGAGAAGUCUGGAGGUGUUACGGUGUUGUCCACAUCCAACGUGCAUUUGGAGAAUGGUGACGUGGCGUACGCUGGAGAACAGACUCCCACCAAGCACACGCUCAACAACUUUUUGGAUUCUCCAAUGAGGUUCUUGGACACACCAACCAAGAAUCUCCUCAACACCCCCUCUAAACAAUCCACAGAGCUGCCCUCCUGUGACUGUGUCGAACAUAUAAUUGAGAAAGAGGAGGGUCCGUACUACACUCACCUUGGAUCUGGCCCGAAUGUAGCAGCAGUGAGAGAGAUGAUGGAGAACAGAUACGGUGAGAAAGGCAAUGCAGUCCGUGUGGAGGUUGUGGUGUAUACUGGUAAAGAGGGGAGGAGCUCACAGGGUUGCCCAAUCGCCAAGUGGAUCAUACGCCGAGGAAGUGAGGAAGAGAAGUUGUUGUGUCUUGUGCGGCAGCGUGCUGGUCACUGCUGUCAGAACGCGGUGGUAGUCAUUCUCAUCCUGGCCUGGGAGGGGAUCCCACGCAGUGUGGCUGACAGGCUGUACCAGGAGCUCACACAGACUCUCUGCAAAUAUGGCUCGCCCACUAGCCGCCGCUGUGCCCUCAAUGAGGAUCGUACCUGUGCAUGUCAGGGCCUGGACCCAGAGACCUGUGGUGCCUCUUUCUCCUUUGGUUGCUCCUGGAGUAUGUACUUCAAUGGCUGCAAGUUUGCACGAAGUAAAACGCCCCGGAAGUUCAGACUGCAGGGAGACUGUCCCGAGGAGGAGGAGAAGUUGGAGAAAAACUUACAGAAUCUGGCAUCAGAUUUGGCACCCGUCUACCAGAGACUUGCUCCUAAGGCCUUUCAGAACCAGGUGGAGCAGGAGCAGCGGGGGAACGACUGUCGGCUGGGCAGGAGGGAAGGUCGACCAUUCUCUGGUGUGACUGCUUGUGUGGACUUCUGUGCUCAUGCCCACAGAGACACACAUAACAUGACCAAUGGAAGCACUGUGGUAUGCACUUUAACCAAGGAGGAUAACCGUGCAGUGCGGAACAUUCCAGAGGACGAGCAGCUGCAUGUCCUGCCGCUCUAUAAGAUGUCUGACACGGAUGAGUUCGGCCAUGUUGAGGGCCAGUGGGCCAAGAUAAAGACUGGGGCACUGCAGGUCCUCUCUUCCUUCCCAAGAGAAGUGCGGCUGUUGGCUGAGCCCGUCAAGUCAGCGCGUAAGAGGAGGCAGGAGGCUAAAAGAGCCCAUGCUGAGAAACUAAGCGGCCUGGAAAGUAAGCAGGUCACCCCUGUGAAAGUCAAGAACGAGCCUCUUAAAGCUUUCAAACACACCUCUUUUGAACAUUCACCAUGUUCAGAAAAGGAUGCUCAUAAUUUAUGUUCCACCAUGCGAUUGUCUGGGGUUCCAGACAUAGGAAGCCAAUUCCCAGACUUCCACUCUACAGUCCCGUACACCCAGAGUAACACAUGCCGCACACCUCCUGUGGGCUCUGGCUUUGGCAUGUCCGUGUUCCCUCAGCAUGAUCCCUCUGGAAGAACUGGCCACAGCAACGAUCCUCCUCCUUUUCGACACGAGGCCAUCAGGCAGAUGACCGAACCGUUCAGAAACCCGUAUCCAAACGACCCUGUAAGAAUGAAUCCGAAAUGCUCACCCUCGUUCAAAUCCGAGCCUGAGGAAAUGCGGUGCUUCCAGGGCGGGGCAGCUUCCACCCCACUCUCCCCGCCGACGGCUGAGGGUCUCCACAGUCGCUUGAACUGCCCGCCCGUUACGGCACAACCCAUGACCCCGGAGGUGGUUAGAGCAGAGGAGGUGUGGUCGGACAGCGAGCACAAUUUCCUCGACGGGAAUAUCGGCGGGGUCGCAGUGGCUCCUUCCCACGGCUCCAUCCUGAUCGAAUGCGCUCGACGGGAGCUGCACGCUACCACUCCCAUCCUGCGACCCAACCGCACCCAUCCCACCCGCAUCUCUCUGGUCUUCUACCAGCACAAGAGCCUGAACGCCCCGGGCCACGGCCUGCAACAGUGGGAGGCUAAAAUGGCCGAGAAGGCCAGGGAGAAAGAGGAGGCAGAGCGUCUAGGACUCAACGAUAGGUCAAAGGCCAUGGAUUCGGAUACGGAGAGCGAAAACGAGACUUAUCCGGAAGAGAGACACAAGUUUCAGGUCCCUACACGUCAAUCGCUAACAGUUACUCGUGACGGCCUCGUCGUGUCAGCACCCUACUCCCUCACGCACGUCACUGGGCCUUACAACCGCUGGACGUGAAAUUCUCUGUGCUUGUCUAGCUAAUGCCUUACCUCAGCUAGUUCUCAUCCUUUCACGGCCGUUUUUACGUAUGCCCUUUUUUUUUAUUUGUGCUUUUCAUCUCAGCUUUUACGACUACCGUUUGUGGGUUUUUAACUGUGAGUUUUGGUGUGUAUGUCUGUGUUUUUUUUUAUUGUAAAGAGAUGGUGCUCAGAACAGAUGUUAUAAAACUGGUUUUAUACAUAUAGAUGAAAUUAGUGCAUAGUAAAUGUGAUUAUUUAUUCUGAUCAUUUUCAAAACUAUUUUGUAAUUUAAUUUCUGGUCCAAGCCUGUUUACUGCAAUAGGAGUUUGUCAUCCUUUAAAUGACGUGUGUAGUAAACACUCCGAAUUGACAUUGUCAAAUGUGAAUUCUAUUUUCAUGUCUCAGCCUUGGGUGCUCUUUUGGCCGACAUUUGCUAGUUGCUAUUUUAUGGUGCCAUUGUAACAGUAAGGCUAAAUGACCGAUACGAAACACACACGGGUCAUUACAGGAACUUUCCGUUAGUUUUUUAGGGGUAUUCGUGUUGGUAUUGAAGGUACAUUGUUUCGGCAUUGUGAAACAUAGUACGCGGCGGCAUCGUUUAAAGGGAUAGUUCACCCAAAAAUGAAAAUUCUGUCAUCAUUUACUCACCCUCAAGUAGUUCCAAACCGGUAUGCAUUUCUUUGUUCUGCUGAACACAAAGAAAGACAUUUGGAAGAAUGUCAGUAAGCCCUCCAUUUACUACCAUAGUAGGAAAAAUAAAUACUAUGGCAGUCGAUGAGGGGUGAGAUCUGUUUGGAUACUUGCAAAUGUCUUUUCUUUGUGUUCAGCAGAACAAAGAAAUGCAUACCGGUUUGGAACUACUUGAGGGUGAGUAAAUGAUGACAGAAUUUUCAUUUUUGGGUGAACUAUCCCUUUAAAAAAGCACUUGUAUCUUCAGACCAACUUGACCGUUGAAGUGCCCAAUAUGUACAUUUGGUUUAUCCAUCAUCAAGUAUCUACAGUCAGCAUGUGUUUGGUGAUUAUGAAACUUUGCAUAUUUAAGCAAUAAUCAUGGAAGGGUUUAUGCUGCAUUUUGGCAACUGGUUAAUUUCUGGCACUUGUGUAAAAGUUUAUAUUAUUUGGUCCCAAUUUUUGAGUUUUCUUUAUUUGUAACUCCCAAAGAGGUUGAAACAUGACUUGAAAACAGCUUAAUCAUUUUAUACAAUUCAAGCGUGUUAAGUUAUAUUCAAACAAAUUUACUGUAUGUUUUUACUGGUGCUUUUAAAGAGAUCCCAUGACACCUGUUGAGAUGUUAUUUCAUAUGUUUUUAUUGCUGCAUAGUGCAUUUUUAUUUGAAAUCAAUCACUUUUUGGUGCGGGGGGUGGGGUGGAUCAGUGUCUGUGCAUUUUUGUACACAUAAAAGUUUGUUCAGUUUUAUUUAGGUGCGUUGAAUAAGAAGCUCUACUUUAAAACGAAUGACUUCGUAAUUGCAUGUGUAUCCAGAGGCCUAGUCAAAAUACUGGCUUAAUCAAAAGGUUUACAUUACUCUUACAUGAGUUUUAAAAUGAACAUGCGGCUAAAAAAUGUCUUUUUAAUUUCUUCAAGGUGCUAAAGAGUGUACGUCAGUGUUCAAAACCAUUGUACACCCAAAAUGCUGUUCUUACUUCAGCACUUGAUACAACAUCGUUUCAAAUAGGUUGUGAGAAAUUUUACAUAUUAUCUAUGAAAAUCUGUUUUAACUAGUACUCUAGCUGCAACACGGAUAGAAAAGCUCAACAAUAACCCAGUGUUUUGGGGAACUUGAAGUCACAGAGUGGCAUUUGUACGUUCACGCUACUGUCUCUUCAAUUAAAUAUAUUUUUGCUGAACAAUUAAACUGUUGUUUUUGUGUCAAACCAUGAUGUGUAAGAAAAAAAAGCCUGGGUUUUGUAGCUCAGGGAAAGGCUUUUAGUGCUCAUUCAGUGGUGCUUAUUCAUAGUACCAGAGUCCCCUAGCAUUGACAAAUCACAUGUAGGUGCUGCACUAGUUGGAUCUUUCAUUUUAGGGGUGCUGAAUGUUUUACUCAGCUUGAACAUCAUUAGAUCAUGUUAUGUUAUUGAGUGUUUUCCUCUUGACUUUAUGUGGCACAAAUAAUACUAUGACCUCACAGUCCCCUGAUGCUAAUCGACUGACUCUGAAUUGUCAGUACUACGAACAUCAUAUAGCCUAAGGGAUUUACCAAUGCAAUUCGUUUCAAAGCUCACUGAUUUUAUGCAUUUUUCUAAGCUAUUGUUUUCCAAGCUAUUGUUUUACAUGAAUGAUGGGUUGGUUUUCAUGUUGCUGUUCAAAACCUGCAUUUUCCACAUAAGAUUUAUCUAACAUAUUUUAUAUUUGGCUCAUAGGAUCUUUUUUUUUUUUUUUUUUUUUUUGAGUUCAGAUGAUUGAACAUGGCCCUCAGAGCAACAGUCUAUAGUGAAAACAUGUUCCAAAAGAAAUGCAUCUUGUUACAUUCCUUUUCAAGUUAAUAUAUUCACAUUAGAUGUCUCUUGCAUGUUUUUUUUUUUUUGCCUUCUUUGUUGUAUUUUUCCCCUCUUUUCUCAGGUCUCUGUGUGUAACUUUGGACAUAAGCUUCUAGGACUCUUGCAUUGUCUUCCAAUUAAAUUCUCCAAAAUUUUUAUUUACUUUUGUUUCUAUUUUGUGAAAUGGAAAAGUGGUUCCCCUUAAAACAUCUUAAUGUAUAUUAUCAGUUUGACAAUUCUCUUCUGUGUAUGUUGAAUGAAAGCUGAAGUGUGUAAUUCCUGCACCACUAGUGUCACCAAACAGAAAUGCAUAAAUAAUCACUGUUUUCAAACAGGUUUCCCCCUCAAUCUCCCAGAUAGAUUGGUUGAUCCAAAGUUGUUGUGUUGGGCUGGUCGUGGUGCUCAAACAGCAGAGUAAUGUGUUCAUACAGCCCAAAGAUUAAGAUGUUUAAUUUUGGGGAGAAUUCAGCCUACCAUUUGCUUAGUUACUUAUUUGUCACGUAUUCAACUUAUUUUAGCAUCAAAAAAAUUACACACUUCACCUUUAAGUAUGAAUGUAAGCCUCCACAGGCACUGUUGUUGUAUAAUGUGGAAUUUUAAACCUCUUCAAAACAAACAAGAACAUAUUAUGACUUGAAGACUUGUUUAUUAUGUGACUUGAAAUGAUUUGUCAAGGAAAGAAAACACCAGCUUUUGAGAUUUUUCUUUUAGAAAAUAAAAUGCACAGUAGUUGUACAGUACAUGCGAAGA